AUGGAGAAUGCACAAAUAGUAACCAAAUUGAAACUUUUAUUUGAAAGAAUUGCUCAACCCGCUUAUAUCUUGGACCAGCACUAUGCCGAUAAUUUUUUCAUUAAAUUAAGCUCCAAUGACCCAGAUGUGCAAUAUUUAAAAUCAUUGCCUAUGUUGCCAGAUAUGUUAAUAGCAGCCUUUUACCGCACAGACAAUUACCAUGUCACAGUGAAAGUUUUUCUUGUAAGAUUGCUGGCUUUCAUUACACAUAACGAAGUCAACUUUGCAAAAUUUAGUGCUAAAAAAGGAGAUGAUUUGGCUAAGGCUUUUGAUCAGAUUAACUCUCCUGACAUGCAUACAAGUUUGAGAGUAGCAAAUAUGGAGGUAGCCUUAGCACUUUUAAAUCACAAUUCUGGAGUUCAUUGGUUACUUGAAACUAAUUCAUGGCAAAAAAUAUUAACACUCUGUAAUGAAAAAAGAACUGUUUUUAUAGUUAGACAGACUUAUAAGUUUGUUUCAACUUUUAUAUGGAAACUUAAGAGUUUUGGUGAUGAUGCUAAUGUGAGACAUGUUCUAUCUUUCAUAUUGAAACCUGUAAUUGAUGCAGAUUUAGUUCAAAAACAAUCAAUAACAAGUGAAGAAGAGGAUGAACUGUGUAAAAUCUAUGAACCAAUGAUGCAAAUGUUGCUCACUAUUGUGAGCAAUGAAAAAGAAAUCAAAUCUCAAAACUGUGUAAUGCAUUUCCUACUGCAAGAAUUUAAAAUAGAGACAUAUUGUUAUAUCAUGCUUGAUAGAUUAAGGAGAGAAGAUAUUUGGUUGCUUACAACAAAAUUUCUAUUUUGGUCAGCUAUUGGUAAAUUAUUCCUUGUAAAAAUACUUCAGCCUGGUGUUAAAUUUGAGAAGGAAGAUUUUAUGGAAUUAGCUGUCACUUACUUUAACACAAUACACAGAUUAAUACAAAGGCGUUCUCCGAAGUUACUCUUUGACUAUUGCAAUGCAUGUAAUUUGAUUUGGGGAAGGGUGUGGAAUCGUGAAGAACCAAUAAGAUGGGACAUAAAUGAGAAACAUAUGGAAAUGCAAAAACAGUUGCUCAUAGUAAGUCUUGUGCCUCCAUUGGUGUAUGUUACUCUAGGUAAGAAUCAAUCCUUAGAUCAGAGUGAGGGUGAAGUUGAAUUGUAUAUCAAUACAAUAAUGGAAUCUACAUGUGAACAUGCAGCCCGAGCCGCCUAUGCAGUUCGCAACAUGAUGAUACAACUAGAUGUUCUGCAAGUAACAUUACUCAGUGUAAAAAGACUAACAUUCCUUGAAAAUAAUUUAAACAAUGAACAAGCAAAUAUAGUGUUUCAAGCAAUGUUCUAUGUAAUAAAAGAGUUUGAGCCAUUUGAUGAAGAAGGUUUAUUAAGGACGGAUUAUUGCUACGGAGAUGAAAUAGACAAGAUAUCAAUAAUGGCGUAUGUUCUUGAUACAUUAUUGUUUCUGAUUAAGAACUACAAUAUAAAUUGGAAAGAGAGCUUAGAAGUGAUAUGUUUGAAUGCUGUUGUGUAUAAUGUGUUGAAGAGGCCUAACUUAAGUUGUAAAUUUGUAGUAACAGCUCUUAAUGUGAUAUCAACCACAAUAAGGAAGUCACUGACUCCAAAUCUGUCUCUCCUUCUCGACACAAAGCCAGGGUCUGGAAUGCAUGAGAUUGGAAUGCUUAUAUACACAAAGAUGCAUGACCUCAACUGGGAAAUAAGAGAUACAGCUCUGGAGCUUCUUCUUGUCUGCACUGAACUGUCACUUAUCAAAUUCCCUCCAUUCCAAAAGCAGAUUAUGUCUCACAAGUUGAUAAAUGUUGCCAUGACGAUGGCACUCAAUGAUCAUGAGUUCUAUGUGAGAGUCUCUGCGCUUAAAUGCUUGGCUGCUGCAACAAAAGUCAACCUGUUAUGGGAACAAGUAACCUCUGAAUUCCCCAAUGUUCAGGAGCUUAUACUGGCGGACCUGUGCACAAAUCCUGAAGGCAUAGUUCGAAAAGAAACGUUCAUCGUGCUCUGUGAAAUAUACCAGAAUAUAAAACUGGACUAUACCAUGAAAACAGCACUCUAUGAACAAUUUUUAAAUGCCUCUCUCAGUGACUUUCAUUGGGAAGUCCAAAUAAGUGCCUUGAAGUUUUGGCGAGUUGUCAUCCACUCGUUGCUUGGAGAUCAAGGAAUGUUGGACGGCACUUUUCCUCCGGUCACCUUCUCUAUAGAAUCCAGAAAGAUUGUCACGUUAACAGACAAAGAAAUACAGAAGAGAUUACACAAGAUAUUGGACGAGCUUGCAUCUAUUGGCUGCUUAUCAAUUCUAAUAAAACUCUUGCACGAAGACACUGAAGUAGAAGUGAUGGAGUUAGCAUUAUCUAUUGCUAACGAAUUAUUGGAAAUUCUUGAUAAGUACAGGGUGCCUGGAUUUCUACGGCCUAGUGAAAACGAUCCAAAUAUUGAAGAAAUUUUAACAGCCGAAGAUAACGACUUGGAGGAAGAAGACAGCGACACUAAGAAUCUUAUUAAAUCUGAAGAUGUUAUAGAAGGCAUAAUUAAUUCUGACGAUAUGAAUUUGCUUACGAAUAUCUACGAACGUCACAUGAAUUUAAACAAUGAACCUACUGAAAUAAGAAAAAGGAAAUUUACCAAAUUUGCGACUCCAUAUAUUUUUGUAGUCUAUAUGAAGAGUUCUAAUUUUAAGGAAACUAUAGAGCGUAAGAAAAAUUGGAAAGACGGAAUUCGGAGUUUGUCCUCUUUAUUGGACGAUGUGUUAGGUAUUUACGAAGUUAAUACUGAAGUUAAUAGUUUAGAUUGUUAUUGA